AUGGAGCGGGCGAGUCAGAGGAACUCCGCGAGGUCCUCGAAGCUGAAUGCGGUGCAAGGCGGUCGUUCUUCGCCUUCUGCCGCAUCGCGCUCUCGUGCGGACAGUCUGAAGGGCAACCGAUGGGGUAACGGGAAACCGCAGGCUUCACGCUCUGCCAGCAACGCUUCCAACGGCUGUGCUAAAAAAUCUCCUCGUGGUGAUCUUGACGGCGGUUCGCAGCGAAACUUGAAUGGACUGGCGCAGGGGCGGGGUAAAAACGGGGCCCGCCGCUCUUCUCAGAGGCCGAAGGAGAUGUCGCGGGAGGAGUUGCUUUCCCUGCUGUUUCGGAAGCCACAAUUGAAAGAAAUGCGCCCCGAGAUGCAUCGUCUGGAUCUGUCGCAGAGGGAUGACCUGCGGUUUCUCUACGAGAUGCAGCACCGCGUGGAUCCCGAGUUGGUACCCGUCAGAAAUCGCAUGUACCGCGCGAACUGGAAGCAAAUGCACCAGAGUCACAUCUUUGACACGGAACCAGCGUCAAAAUCGCAAGCCUCGGCGAAACCAGUUAAGAAAAAUAACGAUGGACUUGGGUCGCUAGCGCGAUUUGUUCUGUGCUCUGAAGAACGGAACGCUUCUCCAGUGAGAGGCCGACGCCACGGCAACUACAGUGCAGGCAGAACCACUCUUCGUCUGUUUGACGGCAAUUCAAAGGAAGCGGAAUUACGAACCGCGUCACAAACCCCACGAACAGGCGUGCGGAGGGUGGGCUUGAAGCCUGCCGAUAAACUUGGGGCGAAUCUCCAAUCACGGGAUCUGCUGUGUGAGGUGGGGGCUUCCCGCCACGGGGUCCGCACCAUGGAGGCGGUGAAGAUGUUCGAGUCCACUCAGCCGAAGCUCACCCUGCCACCACAGAAACUCUCCCGUCGACUUGCACAUCCCGCGCGAAGUUUCUCAGCCUCAGACAACGACAUUUUUGGCGUUAGGAAGCGACGGGAGCGCAUGAUGCAACGAGCUCCUUCAUGUACGUCUGCUCGCACCACAGAGCCGUAUGGUUCUGAGGAUCUCGAGGGAUCAACAAGGCAUCGACAGUCGUCGCUGGGCUCUACGAGUGUCAUUGAUGAAAAGAGGAGUAACCACUCCACGAUUCAGAGCAAAAAUGUGCCCUUCGGUGAAGAAGAGCCACGCAACAGCGGGACACCAACACGCCAUCAGAAAAUUCGUCGCGGUGGUUCAUUGGCCAGCCGCAGCAGCAGCGUCGCCCCCUCUCCUUCCGUGCGCAGCUGGAGCCACCCGCGGUCAACACGUGGAAGCAACAGCGAAAUGCUGAGACGGCAUAAUGAUGUGAUUGGAAAGCAGCGUAACAAUACUUCCGCCACGACGGUGUCCAGCAAAACAUCAGUACUUAGUGAAGGCGGCGAAUACAGUGCAUCUUUAUUUCCCACGCCGCGUGUGAGGACAGGCCGUGCACGUGUGCCGGGCCACUCAAUUACCAAAUCCAACAUAGUCUUUGGUGAUGUAAAUCUGGUGAACUCACCACGGCAUGUACAGCGUAGGAUCCGGUAG